GGGUUUUUCUCUUUUUCCAGAGGCCUGGAGAGUGCCAUGGACUGUGUGACAGAGGGUAACAGCCACGGCGUUCCUCAUCUGAGAGAAGAGCCCUUGGCCAAGAAGGUUAGGCUGGGAGCAGAGGAACGACUGCCCGCAUCCAGGGACGAAAAUAAGGCAGUCACAAGGUGGCAGGUGGAGAACACGCCGCUCUGCUUGGAAACGGGCAGCACCUCAGCGGAGGAAAGGAAGAGGAGGAGGAAGAAGGUCUCUGGUGCAAAAGCGGAGACGGAGGAGGGGGGAGAGAGUCCAGGAAGCCCCAGCAAAGCGAGGGCUCCGGAGCAGGAGAACUUGAACGGAGCAAAGGGAGUGGAGGAAAAAGUGGAGAGGGACGAGGAGGAAGGAGAGGGUGCAGAAGAAAGGGAGAAGAGCGAGGUGAAGACCGAGCAAGAGUCGGAUAGAGAGAUUGAGGUGCAAAAAGAGGGUGUCGGGAAGGCCAGGAGGAAGAAGGUCCAGGGGGAAGAGGCCUUGGAGGACGGCAUGAGAGGAAAGACGGCCAAUAAAGGCCGGAAAAAAGGAGCCACCUCCAAACCUGGGAGUUUGGGAGGCUCCAGGAAGAGGAAAGCAAAGGAGGAGGAUGGAGGCGCGAGGAAGAAAAGGAAGAAGGAGGAUGAAUGUGGGAAAGAGGACAAGUGGAAGUGGUGGGAAGAGGAGCAGCAUGCGAAUGGCGUGAAGUGGCAGCAGCUGGAGCACAGGGGACCGUACUUUGCGCCACCCUACGAACGGCUGCCGCGGGGAGUCAGCUUCUAUUACAACGGCAAGCCUAUGAAACUCAGCCCGGCGACGGAGGAGAUAGCCACGUUCUAUGCGAAGAUGCUCGAUCACGACUAUACGAGAAAGGCGAUUUUCAAGAAGAAUUUUUUCUGUGACUGGACAGAGCAGAUGACGUCGGAGGAGAGGAAGAAGAUCAAGCAGCUGGACAAAUGCGACUUCAGAGAGAUUCACGAUUAUUUCAUGGAGAGACAGGAGGCUCAGAAAGCUCUGCCAAAGGAGGAAAAACAGAAAUUGAAAAAGGAAGCGGAAAGAAUACAAGAGGAAUACGGUUACUGCACGAUUGACGGGCACCGGGAGAAGAUUGGCAACUUCAAGACGGAGCCGCCGGGUCUUUUCCGAGGCCGUGGGGACCACCCGAAGAUGGGGAGAGUCAAGAAGAGGAUAAUGCCCGAAGAUGUCAUCAUAAACUGUAGCAAGGGUUCCAAGAUCCCGAAACCCCCUCCUGGGCACAAGUGGAAGGAAGUUCGGUGUGACAACAGUGUGACCUGGCUGGCGUCGUGGACGGAGAACAUUAAUGGGGCCAUAAAGUACAUUAUGUUGAACCCCAGUUCUAAGCUGAAGGGGGAGAAGGACUGGCAGAAAUACGAAAUUGCUCGCUGCUUGAAAGGGGUGGUGGGCAAGAUUCGUGCUCAGUACCGGGCGGACUGGAAAUCGAAGGAGAUGAAGAAGCGGCAGAGGUCCGUGGCCCUUUAUUUCAUUGACAAGCUGGCCCUGAGAGCGGGGAAUGAAAAGGAGGAAGGGGAGACGGCGGAUACGGUCGGCUGCUGCUCCCUCCGCGUUGAGCACCUGAGGCUGCACCCUCGGAUGGACGGGAAGGAGAACGUGGUGGAGUUUGACUUCCUGGGCAAGGACUGCAUUCGCUACUACAAUCUGGUGCCUGUGGAGAAGCAGGUGUUCAAGAAUUUGCAGCUGUUCAUGGAGAACAAAGGACCUGGGGACGAUCUUUUCGACAGGCUGUCUACCUCAACCCUGAACAAACAUCUCCAGGACCUGAUGGAAGGUUUGACAGCCAAGGUCUUCAGGACCUACAACGCCUCCAUCACUCUGCAGGAGCAGCUGGAUGCCCUGACAAAUGAGGACGACAACGUGUCUGCCAAGCUCCUCUCCUACAACCGAGCAAACCGCGCAGUUGCCAUCCUUUGCAACCACCAGCGGGCAACUCCAAAAACCUUCGAGAAGUCCAUGCAAAACCUCCAGGCUAAGAUCAACGUCAAAAGGGACCAGUUGUGCGAUGCAAAGCUGGAGCUCAAGAAGGCGAAGGCAGAUUGCAGAACUAAAAGGGAUGUGAAAUCUAAAGCCGCUUUAGAAAAGAAGCAGAAGCACGUAGAGAAGUUGGAAGAGCAGCUGGAGAAGCUGGUCCUGCAAGCCACGGACAAAGAGGAGAACAAGCAGAUCGCUCUGGGCACCUCCAAGCUGAAUUACCUGGACCCGCGCAUCAGUGUGGCCUGGUGUAAAAGGUUUUGCGUUCCCAUUGAGAAGAUUUUUAACAAGACCCAGAGGGAAAAGUUUGCGUGGGCGAUAGAUAUGGCAGACGAAGAUUUUGUAUUCUGAGGAGAUCCCAGCUACCUCAUUUUCGUGCCUUCGUUGUGACCCGAUUCAUUUCUUUUGCAAGCAAAAAAUACAUCUCUAAAGGAA